GUCUGAUCGAGUCUGCUGGUGUAAAGUCGUCUUGAGGGCGUAGAGAAUCUCAGAGAUAGUUAUGGGCAGCUUCCCUGUCCCCCACAAGAAGCUCUCCUUGGAAAUUAAGCUCAUUUGGGUUUGCUAAUUUGACUUUGAAUCUCACUCACCCAAGAAUUGCCAUGGUUUCUGCUUGGCAGGGGAACAAAACAGAUUUAGUCAUUUGCAGUUAUGAUGAUCAUUUCCUUGUCAUUGCAACUCAAAUAGGAGCUAUGGGCACCAUCCUGCAAGCCAGGAAGGAGGAAGGGAUGGCAAUCCAACCAACAUUCAACGUGUCUGUAAUCUUCGGCAAGCGAGAUGAGCCAAUGCUAGUGUCCUGUGCUCGUCAACUUAUUGAACACAUCAGUAACUCAGGCUCCUCCAGGCCAUUAAUGCUUUCUCUUGGUCUUAAAGACCAUUCAGUGGAGACAUUGAAAGGCAUUGUUUCUGCUGUGAUCGGGAAUCGUCUCUGGUAGUAGUGUGAAGUUGUGCUCUGGAUUCGCCUCUCCUGUGACGAAUGAAAUUUGCUAUCAAAACCCUUAAUUACUUUCCAGCAAGAUUCAAUCCAACCCUUACCACACGUAAUCAGUAGUAGGGUGCACAC